AUGCUACGUUACCUUUUUAUCAUUUCGACUCUGUACAAAACAAUCAAUGCCGAUUUGACUACAGAAGAAGUCCAAUAUCUCAAUGAAUUGAGCAUAGACAAGCUGUUACGAUUGAAGAAUUCAUUGAAAGAAUUCGCUCCUGAAUACAACAAUGUAACAGCGAACACCCCGUCUCCUCUCUCUAGAUUUGGAGCUCAGGCCAUGGCGAUUAAAGCCCCAAACGUUAAAAGGACGGACUACGAAGAUGCUUUGUUCAAGAAGAGUGGUUACGGAAAAAUUAGCAACAUUUUCUCUAUGUCGGUAACAACGUUAGCGUUUUUGGCGUUUGGAGGAUAUUUAUUGUGUCUGAUAGUGCACGCGAUCAAGUCAAAACAGAAUAUGGUUGUGACCACUCCGACCCCUACGUUCUUUGUCAACUCUGGUAUCAAGAGACCUCAAGCGACUUUCAGCUCGUAUGGCCGUCGGAAACGGGGAAAGAGAGAAGUGAAUGACAUAGAUGUACCUCCAGAAGAAUUGUAUAAUGUUUUGGUGCAGCUUUGUGAAGGUUACGCAAAAUGGACCAAGAAAAAUGACAUUUAA